UUUCUUUCUUUUUGUUCAGAACGCAGUUGACAGUGUAAAUGUGCGGUCGGUAGGGUGCGAGUGUUCAAGUUUUCGAGGGUUUUUCGUCAUGGUGGUCGGGAAACGGUUCCUGUGCGUGAGCGGAGAGGAGCCGCUGGAGCCCGCGCACAUCGCGAGCUGGUCCUGGCGAGCCGGAGUCAUCCGAGCCGUCACUCACCGCGACCACGACAAUCCCGAACUGACGGUGUACGUUGAGUUUGACGACCUCGAGUGGGAUAAGCGUGAGUGGGUCAAGGUGAACGAAGACUUCCAGAUCUUUCUGCUGGAACAUCAGCUGGUUUGGGCCAAAAGGAAGGAGGGUGCCCAGCUGCAAGGAACAAAAGCCAAGCAGAUCCAGUGGCCAGCUCUGACGUUCAAGCCUCUGGUAGGGAAGACCGUGUUAGGGUCCACCACAGCCAUAGAGUUCUUCUCUGACAAACACCUGGACUUCCUGACGGAUGAAGGAGCCUGUCAGCCCUAUCAGGAUGAGUUUGACAGUUUAAGUCCUGUUUUCAGGGACUAUCCACAUCUCCAUGAAGAAGUGAAAGCGUGGGUGAAAGACCAAAAAGUUCAGGAAAUUUUUAUGCAAGGUCCCUAUUCAUUGAAUGGCUACCGUGUACGAGUUUACAGACAAGACUCAGCCACCCAGUGGUUCACGGGCAUCAUCACCCACCACGAUCUCUUUAGCCGCACUAUGGUUGUCAUGAACGACCAGGUACUAGAGCCUCAGAACGUUGACCCUUCCAUGAUACAGAUGACCUUUCUGGAUGAUGUGGUCCAUUCUUUACUAAAAGGAGAGAACAUCGGUAUCACAUCACGACGCAGGUCUCGAUCUAGCCAGAAUAGCAACACUGCCCAUACCACAGGAGGGAGACCAAGCGGCUCUACAGGAAUCUCUCAGGGUCAUUACACACGUGCCCAGGCCAAUAGCCCUAGACCCAUGAUGAAUUCCUCUUGCUCCACCCCCAAACAGGGCCAGCAGCAGCAACAGUCCCAGCAUGCUCAGCAGCAGGUAUCCCAGCAACACCAGCAGCAGCAGUCCUCACCAGGUCAACAGCGCAGCUCACGAUCUUCACGUCGGAAAGGCUCUGACAGCAGUGUUCCAGAUGAUGAGAAGAUCAAAGAUGAAAAAUCAGACAGUGGAGGAAGAGUCAUAAGGCCGGUGACAUCAGUGAGUGAGUCAGCAGCCCUGGGCGAGAGAGGGAAGCUUCAGCAGCAGUACACAUCUAUGGUUAUUAAAAUUCCUUCACUAACCGAGGACAUCAGAAAGACCCACAAACUUAGUCCUUCCCCUGACUUGCCCAAACCUAAGUCCAACUCAUCCCCCGACAUUCUCAGGCCCAAGUGCAAUCCUUCACCUGACAUCAUAAAGUCAAAAACCCACAGCAUUCAUGAAUCCUCCAAGCCCAAACCAAAUACAUCUCCUGAGGUGUCCAAACAUAAACCACGCCACCCUGAAAAUCCACCCACAACAGGCCGCUUGGUACUUAAACCCGAGCCAGACAUAACCCGCUCCAGUUUUAAGCCUGUGCCAGCCCGUGGGACACCAUCUGAGUCAACGAAAAGCCUGCUUGUAGUCGACAAAAAUGAGCAUUUUACGGUGUACCGGGACCCUGCAUUGGUGCGUCCUGAAUCAGAUAACAACCACGUGGCUUACCUGCACCCACACCUGCAUCCACUACAUGGUUCUUCUCAUGCCACGUGUCUCACACCCAGCUCACACCACCCGUCCCACCUCCUCCCUUCUUCUUCCAUGAGCCACUCUGUGCACCACCCACACCUGCUGCCCACCGUACUGCCCACAAUUUCACCAGCCUCACUUCUGAGCAGCCAUCCCCGGCUGGACUCCCCUGGACUCGGGCACUUGACUUUGGCCCACCACCAUUCCCACCAGCAGCAGCAGUUCCUCCAGCAGCAGCCACCCCCACAACUGCUGGCCCAGACACAUGGCGGUGCCUCGUAUAACCAGCUUGGCCUCUACCCCAUCCUCUGGCAAUACCCAAAUGGUACCCACUCCUACCAACCUGGGUACAAAUGGGUACAUCCAGAAAAUGCUGUAAAUUCAGACUCCAGCCUUCGGAGGAACACUUCCAGCCCCUGGCUGCACCAUUCCACCCCUGUAACCUCAGCAGACAGCAUGGGGAUUUUGAGCCAUGUCCCGGGCAGACCAGCCAGUGCAGAGCCUCAUCGACCCAUCAAAAUAAGUUCACACUCCAGCUCGCCGCUUUCCAAAACUGCUGGAGAACUCCACAAAGAAGAUCAGGAGAAGAAUGUGUUUGUGGACCCUAUGCGUAGCAUGGCCAACGCCCACCUGAAGCAAGAGUUGGACCGUAGCCGGACGCCUACCAACAAGGAGCAUCACCGUCUCUACAUGGAGUCCCCCCAUAGCAAGCAGCAACUACCAUCAUGCAUGCCUCAGGAGGGGCCAGACCGUACCAGCAAAUAUAAGGAAGAAAACCGCCGCAUCCUUCUAGAGAGCAUUGAAAUGGCCCCCUUCACUGCCAAGAUCCGUGCCGGAGAGUCCUACUCCCGGAUUUCAUCCCAUCCCAAAAGCCACGAGAAAGAGGUGGAUCACUCUGUGGCUGAUCUGUACAAGUACAAACACUCUGUAUCUCAGUCCCUCCCUCUAACCAACUACUUCACCACUUUGUCAAAUAGUGUUGUAAAUGACCCACCACGACUUUUCCAAUCCAAAGAUCUCAAUCCUUACUUUGACAAGGCACCCACAUCCUCUAGCCCCUUGUCCUUGGGCUCAUACAACUCUAGUCACACCAAAUCUUUGUCCAAGCCUCCCCCUCUCAUUAAGCACCAGCCAGAGGGAGAGGGACUGGUGGGCAAAAUUACUGAACAGCUUAGUCAACAUGCACCAAUACACUCACUCAGUACCUCAGUGGUGACUAUCAGUGAACGCUGUAGCCCGGCUAUCUCUCCCGCUAGUCAGCCCAAGGGCAUGCCAUCCUUGCGAAGAGCACCAGUCUUUCACCCGCCCACCCAGCAGGCUCUUGACCGGAAGGAGGGUGCCUACGGUCGCCUUUCCCCACCUACACUUACCCCCAUCCAACCUGUCAACUCAGCAGGGAAGGUGUCAGAACAGCAGAAGCCGCCGACCCUGUUCCCAGAGCUCAGGGACGAGAAAAGCGGAGCUGAGCUGGGCUCAGCCGAAUCCUGCCGGCCUGGCGGGGAAGCAAAGAGCCAUGAGAAAGUGGCCUGGCAUUCAAAUAAUAGUCAAGGGAAGCCACAGGCAGCCAUGGCAUCUGUUAUUGUCCGCCCUUCUACUUGCAUUAAAUUUGAUGGCUCACCAGGUCCCAAGAUGGUGCCCAAAGAGCAACUUGGUGGCAGAUUGUUUGCUGGCCACACUCAGGCAGACUGCCUAAAAGUGGCCGAGAGUAGGGAAUCUGGGAGAGUCAUUCUACCAAACACGAAUUUGGAGGUUCCCAGUGACCAGUACAACAAAAACCUGAUUAGAGCGUCACUGGGUGUCAUUGCCAGCUCAAUGGCAGUUGUGACCAAUUCUGUGUGCAACUCUAGGACUAAUGAAGCCAUUGCUGCUGCCAACAGCACGUUUAGCACGCAGAGCCACAAUGGAGUAGAUCUGUCAUUCUCUGGCACUAGUUGUAGUAGCAGACUGGAAAGCUCUGCUUCCAAAAGCCACCCUCCCACUGUUGUUGAGUCGCAGGAGGGAGGCUCGAGAACCACAUCUCCUAGUGCGCUGCCUCAGGCUGGCUCCACUGGCCCCACACAGGCCUACUCAAGGAACUUUGUUCACCUGAAGAAGGCCAAAGCAGCUCUGGCUGCAGCGCAGUCUCGUGGCUCCAGUAGUGCUUCUGAGAGUGAAAGCGGUAGUGUCAGAUCCUCUCAGGACUCGCCCACCAUCGCCCAGGAUAAUUCCACACCCAGCAAUCCUGCUAGCAAAGCCAGCCUUGUGCCUAAUGGACAGCCAGCGCAGGUGUGCCAGUCUAACUAUCACAAGCUCAAGAAAGCCUGGCUCACGCGACACUCGGAGGAGGACAAAAACACAAACAAAUCUGAAAAAGGUGGGAAUGCAAUUUGUGAGCUAAUUAAACCAUGCUCCGUCAACUUGAUUGCCCCAGCAUCUAGUGAUGUGGAUGUGGUCAAGGACAGCAAAGGACAAGAGGACAAGCUGUCCCAGGAGGACAGAAAGACACGUCGUACACCCAAGCGUCCAUACGAAUCGGGUUCAGAGAGUGGCGAUGACUCAGACUCUAGUGAGAGCAAGAUGGAACAAAGGACUAAAAGGCAAUCCAAGCCCACUUAUAAAAAGAAGCAGAACGACAUGCAGAAAAGGAAGGGAGACAGUGAGAAGGAGGAGGACGAGGUGAAGCCAAAUGGUAUUUUCCGUAGUGCCAAGGAAAAAACCAAACUCAAGCUGGCCAGCACCAAUGGCAUUCCCCGGUCAGUACUGAAGGACUGGAGGAAGGUAAAGAAGCUAAAGCAGACGGGUGAGUCCUUUCUGCAGGACGACUCAUGCUCUGAAAUUGGGCCCAACUUACAGAAGUGCAGGGAGUGCCGCUCCAUCCGCACCAAGAAAGGAGAGGAGCCUGCCCAUUCACCUGUCUUCUGCCGCUUCUACCACUUCCGCCGCCUCUCGUACAGUAAGAAUGGAGUGAUCCGGAUUGAUGGCUUCUCCUCUCCUGAUCAAUAUGAUGAAGAAGCACUCAGUCUUUGGGCCCCAGAAGGUUAUGAAGAAAACAGCCUGGACCUGGAGACUUCCAAAUACAUCCUCAGCUACAUUGGAGACAAAUUCUGUCAACUGGUUAUGACUGAGAAUACAGCAACUACAUGGAUAAAGAAAGAUGCCAAGAUCGCCUGGAAGAGAGCGGUGCAUGGGGUGAGAGAGAGCUGCGACGCAUGUGAAGCCACAUUGUUUAACAUUCAUUGGGUCUGCCAAAAAUGCGGAUUUGUGGUGUGUUUGGACUGUUACAAGGCCAAGGAGAGGAAGAGCUCCAAAGAUAAAGAGCGUUAUGCCUGGUUGAAGUGUGUCAAGGGACAGCCUCAUGAUCACAAGCACCUGAUGCCAACACAGAUCAUUCCAGGAACUGUUUUAAUGGACUUGGUGAACACUAUGCACAUGUUCAGGGAGAAGUACAGCAUUAAAUCACACUGCUCAUGUGCUUGGAAGCAGAACACCCUCUACAACAAGCUACCCUCCACUAAUGGCGUCUCCCAGGUGUUACAAAAUGUGCUAAAUCACAGUAACAAGAUCUCCCUGUGUAAGCCUGAGGGUGGCCAGCAGAACUCCUCUCUGAAGGUAGAGGCCAAUGGAGGAAGCAGUCCUGCCAGUGACACCAGCACAGAGAGCAAGUUCACCCCACCAGAGUCCCAAUCGCCUCUGCACUUCCUGGCCGAUCUGGCUGAGCAGAAGUCCCGCGAAGAAAAGAAGGAAAAUAAGGAGUCAGGUGUUGGGAAAAUAAAGGAGGAGAAGGAUCAGUCAGAUGCUUUGGAGUCUCUGCACAGUAAAGCAUCGUCCCUGGAGCAGGGAUCAACCCUACGAGACCUCCUCACCACCACCGCAGGCAAGCUGCGUCUGGGCUCUACUGAUGCUGGCAUCGCAUUCGCUCCAGUGUACUCCACUGCCUCGCAGAUUGUCAAGAGUGGCCGCAGCAUGCCCAACAUCCUUGAUGAUAUCAUCGCCUCUGUAGUGGAAAACAAGAUCCCUGCGGGCCGUGGCACCAAGCUGAAUCUGAAGCAUGAGCCUCUGGAGGAGCCCAAAGCUGAGAGAAAGAAAGCAGUGGAAGAACCACCCAAACUAUAUGCAGACAUCCCACAUUGCUGGCUUUACGAGUGCAGGCUGCUCUGGCUCAAAGACCACAACAAUAGCAACAACUGGAAACUCUUUAGGGAAUGCUGGAGACAAGGACAGCCGGUGCUGGUCUCUGGGGUGCACAAGAAGCUCAACGCCAGCUUGUGGAAAGCAGAAUCCUUCAACCAGGAGUUUGCCGACCACCAGGGAGACCUCUUGAACUGCAAGGAUGGAGUAAUGUCCAAUUCGGGCGUCAAAGAAUUCUGGGACGGCUUUGAAGAUUUCACGAAGCGGCCCAAGUCAAAAGAUGGAGAAACUGUGGUGUAUCGACUGAAAGACUGGCCUUCAGGGGAAGAGUUUAUGGCUUUGAUGCCCUCCAGGUAUGAUGAUCUCAUGAAGAACCUCCCAAUGCCUGAGUAUUCAGACCCUGAAGGGAACCUCAACCUGGCCUCCCAUCUACCCUCCUUCUUUGUGCGGCCAGACCUGGGACCGCGCCUCUGCUGCGCUUACGGUGUGGCGUCAUCUCAGGAGCAGGACUUCGGCACAGCUAAUCUGCAUAUGGAGGUGUCGGACAUCAUCAGCGUGCUGGUUUAUGUAGGAGUGGCCAAAGGGAAUGGUGUCCUCUCCAAAACGGGAGUGCUGAAGAGGCUGGAGGAGGAAGAUUUGGAUGACAACGUGAAGAAAAGAUUAAAGGACUCAAGCGAGACUCCCGGAGCUUUGUGGCACAUUUACACGAGCAAAGACGGCGAGAAGAUUAAAGAGUUCCUGCACAAGUUGGCGAAAGAGCAGGGCGUGGAGAUCCUAGUGGAUCCCGACCCAAUCCGGGAGCCCAGAUGGUACUUGAGCCGUAAGCUGCGUCAGCGACUGCUGGAAGAAUACGCUGUUCAGGGCUGGACUGUGGUGCAGUUUCUGGGUGAUUCAGUCCUGAUCCCUGCUGGAGCUCUGCACCAGGUGCAGAACCUGCAUAGCUGCGUCCAGGUGAUCAAUGACUUUGUCUCUCCGGAACAUGUGGUGCAUUCAUUCCACUUAACCCAGGAACUCAGAUCCUCCAAAGAGGAAAUCAACUAUGAAGAUAAGCUACAGGUCAAGAACAUCUUUUACCACUGCGUGAAGGAUGCUGUGGGGACAUUAAAGAGGUGCUGCGCAGAGGAAGAGGAGGAGACCAACUUAUGACACUCGUUAACACGUUCCCCCAAAUAUGCACACUAACGCUCAAGCCGCAAACCUCUAGUGCCAAGCAGAAAAACCCCCACCAGUAAACUGUAUUUAUUUGUUACUGACACCAUAGCAGUAUAGCGCAUCAGGAUGACUGUGAUUGACACGCCACAAAUCGAAAGAGAAUUUAGAGUGUUUGUCUGUUCGGUUUCGUUCCCCUUUUGUUCUUACAUACUGUAUAGUCUCAGUGGAGAAUCGUAUUUAUUUUUAGGAGUUCUACGCUCUGUUCUCGAUCAAAUGUAAAUGUAACUUGUACAGUGUGCUACUGGAUUUCUGAUGGCGCUCACUACUUUGGAGACUUACUGUGAGAUCCGCUCUCGUGUCCUCAUGCCAUAUCUUUUGAGAAAAAGAACUGCCAAACAAUUGUAAACAUUGUAAAGCUCUAUUAUGUAAAGAAAGACUUAAUGAAUAACACUUCAGCAUUUUAUUAAAAAGUAUUCACUGUAAAAUGGAGACAUUUACAAAAAAAAGUUGUAAUUUAUUCAAGAAAAGUUUGUCUUGUUUCUUCCUUUUUAUGUUCAGAUUUACUAUGGCGAACUUUUGAAGUUCAAUGGAAAAAGCAAAUUGUACUAUGCUGUGUAAAUAUAUACAUAUAUACAUUCACUGAUGUAUUUUUUUAAACAUGGCUCGCUUCAAUUUCAGAUUUUAAAGCGCAAGUGUUACAUGCUUUGUACAUUGAAGUUCAAAGGGGUUUUACAUUUUCCAUUAAAAUGGAUUUAUUAAAUAUC